CCCGUGUAGCUGGCGUAUGGCGGCCACAGGGCUCUCUCCUUUUCCCUGGCACCGCGUCCAUUCAUCUGCUUAUUGGCCUCGCCACCUUUGAAGCUGCACGUUGCUACUACCUUCCUACUCGCUCGCUACCCUAUCCCCACAACUCCGAACGAUGCGGCAUCAACUAUCGCCCCGUAUCACCUGUCCACCCACAUUACCGCCACCUGCUCGUAGCGCCCCACACGUUGCUCGCUGUCGUCGUCGUCGUGUGCGCAGCACCGCGCGGGACGACCAUCGCUAGCGGAGCACGCGGGUGCGGCCAGCCCGCUCUGUGCAGCGACGCCCGUCCGCCGCGCAUCAACGGCGCGCGCCAUGCUCGCGCCUGUGGCCAUCACCAGUGCAGUGACGAUCAAGCCCGUGGCCUCUCAUUCAUCCCCAUGCCUCCCCGCAAUCCCAAUCGCGCACACCGCCGACGGGCCCCGCGGUGGGAGAGACAAUGGGGGCCGCGGGGCGAGUGGCACCGGGCAGUCACACCUGCGUCCCCCACGCAGCAACAAACCCUCUCCACCCCACGCCCACGCUGCAUGCACCUCCCAUCUCCCCCACCUCCCACCAGCUUCUCCUUGCAUUCGCAUCCUCUCCUUCUCCCUCCCCCACUCCCUUCCCCUUUUCCCAACGUCUUCCCCUCCUCUCUAACACCAACCUCUUCCCAUCCUUCUUCUCCGCCCUCUCAACCACCCCUUACCCCCCUCAUUUCCCUCCAUUCUUCCCGUUCCCCACUCUUUCCCCCUUUUCGCCCCCUCUUUCCCUGCUUUUCCCUCUUUCCUCCCCUUUCCCCUUUUUCCCCCACUUUCCCUCCCUUUUCCCCUUUCCCCCUCCCGUUCCCCCCUUUUUUCCCCCUUUUCCCCCUUUGCCUCCCUUUCCCCCCCUUUCCCCCCUUAUUCCCCCCAUUUCCCGCCCGCCCUGUCCCCCUCGCCUGCGGGCAGAUCCCAGUGACGCUGUACAGGGAGAGGGGCGCCCCCACGGCGCCCUACCUGCGCAAGGCAGCCACCUUCACGCUCCACCACGCGCUGCCCGCCGCCGCCGCCCACCCGAGCCACCCACCCGAUGCACCAUCCGAGCCUGCCUUCCAGGCUCGGCCCGAGCCUCUGGGCCGGGCGCAGCUGGACCUGGCUGAGCUGGCGGACUGCGACGGGGCGGUGGAGCGCCGCCUCAAGGUGGCGCCCGGGCCCGCCAUGCUGGCUGACGUGGCGGCUGCUGAGAGGCCGGCGGGGGCGGUGCUGGUGGUGAGCGUGGAGUGCGUUGGGAAGAAGCUCAGCCGCGAGGCCGCCGCUGAGGAGGCCCUCAUCCUGGCGGCCCCCAGGGGUCAUCGCCGCAACGCCUCCUCACCGCUGCUGCCCUCCACCGCACUGCACUGCCCCGCUGCCCCCUCACAUCUUGCCUCCUCCCCUCCGGCAUCAGGGUGCGCGUCGCCCGCCGUGGCAGCAGCAGGCAGCGCGGGGUCGUCGCUGGGCGACGGUGACUUCCCUGCCCUGCCCGCGCUGCCCCCCGCGGCAGGGGGCGCGCAUGCACAGGGCCACACGCACGAGGGGCCGCAUGGGCCAUGGCAGCACGAGCAGGCUGUAGCAGAGAGAGAGGCGCGUGGGGAAGAUGCGGGGAGGGUGGAGGCAGUAGCAGAAGAAGGCAGAGGGGAAGGAGUGCAGAGCGGUGGUGAGGUGGGCAAGCGCAAGCAGCAGAGGAAGAGCCGCAGAGGAGGCAGGGCAGGCUCAUGCGAUUGGGGUGGGGGGCGGGAGGGAGACGGGGGGAGACGUGACGACCUCUGCAUCCACGUCAGCUUCGGCAUCCACGUCAGCUUCGGCAUCCACGUCAGCAUCUGCUUCGUCAGCAUCCACAUCGGCAUGCAUGACGUCAUCAUCAUCACAUUCGCCGCUGGAGUCACCAGCAGCAUCCGCGCCCCCCUCCGCCUCCUCCAUGUCUGCCACACGCGCCUUCCGCCUCGCUGCUGCCACCCAUGCCCCCUCCCCUCGGCCUCAGGUACGGCCCCUCCCCUCGGCCUCACACUCUCCCCUCGGGACAUCCCCUCGCUGCUUCCCUGCCUUCCUUCCCCCUCUACUUCCUCUCCCCUCCUCGUCAUCUCUGCUGCUCUGUGUGCGUCUCCUUCCUUUGACACGUCCACACUAUCCUCUCCUCUCUGGCCCUCCCCCCCCCCCCCCCCCCCCCCCCCCCCUCCCCGCAUUCACGCCUCUCCGCGCCUCUCGUCUCCCCCCCCCUCUCCCACCCUUCCAGCCAGCCGCGGGGGCCAAGCCACGCAGGAAGGCAUCGCGCCGCGCGCAGUCAGGGCGCAGCGCAAGGCAGCGGGCAGGCGGCACUCGUAUGGCGGCCAGGAGCUCACCGCCAUGCAAGCCGCACUCACACUCCCGCCCGCCACCCCCGAUGCCACUGACGCUGGCAGCACCAGUGACAGCAGCACUGCCGGCAGCGGCAGGGGCAGCAGGGCGAGCAGGCGGCGGGGGGGGACGGGCAGCAGCAGCAUGGACGUGCCUGGCCGCCCCGCCACGGCGCUCACCCGCUUCAGCCGCCAUGCCAAACCCCCCCUCGCCACGCCCCCCUCCUCCCUCCCCCCCACUGCCUCUGCCACCCCCCUUGCCACGACCCCCCUUGCGUCACCGUCCGCCACCAGUGCGUUCUCAGCCCCUAACCUCCCAGCUCAGGCUGACGCGCCCCCGUCCCACGCCACCCCUGCUGCUGCUGCUGCUGCCGAGGGGGUGGGUGCUGGUGAGUCUGGGAAGGCAAGGCGUGGGAGUGGGAAGGAAAGAGCGGGUGGGAGUGGCAAGGAGAGGGCGCGGGGCAUGAAGCAGGUCGAAGCAGAGCUGCAGCAGAGGAGAGAGGCGACCGCAGCCCAGGCAGCAGGCGGCACGGCAGCGACAGCAGAAGCAGAGAGCGGGGCUGACGGGGCGGGGGAGGAUGAUCCGUGGGGGCAGCAGGUGGGGCAGGUGGCGGUGGUGCGCGGGCAGGUGAGGGCCACAUCGCUGGCAGAGCUGUACCGCGCGGCGGGGAGAGGCGGCGACCUGGACGGUGCAAGAAACGUGGCGCCGGCUCACGCCCUCCCCCAGGCGCUGGCACUCGCGUCCACGCCCCCCAGUGUGUGCCACCCCGUGCCCACCCAGCCCCACCCGUGCUUGCAGGCGAACCCCCCCAUGGCACCCCACCACGUGCAAAGCCCAGGCGCCGGCCCACCCCCAAACAACUCGCCCCCCUCAGCCGUCUCCCCCGCCACCAGGGCGCACAAGGCAGCCAACAGUCGCCGCCCGCACUCGCUGGCGGGGGGGGAGUUUGCUGCACUCAGGCUCGCCCACAACCCCACAGGAGGCUCUCCAGAAUCCACCACCGCUCUGCACCGCUCUCCACUCUCCUCGUCCUCCCGCCCGAUAAAUCCCGUUGCUGCUGUCGCCCUGGCCACUCUGCCCCGCCCCUCCACCUCCUCUCCUGCCCCUCCUGCUUCCCCUUCUGCUGGUGCAGCGGAUGAGAGUGGGAGUGGGAGGAAUCGGCAGAGCAAGAAGGGCAUGAGGCAGGCAGCUGGGGCUGGGCCGGCGGCAGCGGUGGUGCAGCAGUGGAUGGGAGCGGUGGUGGCAGCACAGCCUGCCAUGGUGGCAGCACAGCCUGCCAUGGUGGAUAUUCCACGAGCUGCCACCACGGGCAGCAUUCACACCACACCUGCCACCACCGCUGCUGCUGCUGCUGCUGCUCUAAGGAGGUGUGAGUCUGACGAUGCGCCCUGCCUGCCCGCUCACGCAGAGCACAUGGCGCAGGGAGGGCAGGGGGGCAUGCAGGGGAGGGCAGAGCACGUGGCAGCAGCGCCACCAUCAGCAGGCGCAGCACCCGCUCUGGCUGCCGGCACGCACAUGCCCCACCCCACGGCACUCGCCCAUCACCCACCUCUCCCCUCCGCCUUCUCUCGCCCUCUGCUGCACCUUGCUCCCACUGCCCUCGCCUCCUCUUCCCCUGCCAUGUCAGCUGGCUCUCCUGUGACGUCCGCAGGGUCGCCUGCCAUGUCAGCAGGAUCCCCAGCCUCUCUGUCCAAUGAGCGCGCGCCACGUGGCGCACAGCAGGCAGCAGCGGUGGCGGAGCUGAGGAGCAAGCUGAGGGUGCUGCUGGCGCCGCCACUGCGUGCAGUGGGGCAGGAAGGCAUGAGGGCGUGCGGGGUGGGGGAGUGUCACGAUGUGGGCAGGCAGGGAGGAGCAUGCAGUGAGGAGGCCCAACUGCCGUCAGCUGUGGCGACUGCACCGCUUGGAACCGCUGCUGACUCAGGCUCUCACUCCUCUGCCGCACAACCCACCUCUGCUCUCCCUGCCACACACGGGUACCCCCCCUCGCCUCCUCCCCUGCACCGCUCGCUCUCAGACCCACACACCCCUCGCCCCCCCACAGCGCCCUUCCCCCUCGUCUCUCCGCCCUCCCCCGGCACCCUCUCAGCGCCGCGCUCGCCAGCCCCCCCACCCUCUGCGCGCGCCCUGGGCUUUGCGGGGGGGAGAGGAGGGAGGGGUGUGCGGGCGUUGACGUCAGUGGGGCACCGGGGGCUGCUGCCACGGGGCGUGCAUGCAGGGGGGCCAGCAGCAGCGGCAGCAGCAGCAGCCGGGGGCGCAGGCAGCCAUUCUGCUCUGACGGCGCGGGAGGUGCUGGCGGCGCUGCGGCGCGUGCCGGGGCCGUACAGCUCAGGGCGGUUCGACGAGGUGGAGGGCGUCGAUGACGCCCUGCUGGGCGCCGCUGCCACGCCGCGCUUAGCAGGGGGAGGCGCGGGUGGUGGCGGUGGUGGGCGGCGGAAGAGGUUCAGCGUGCUGGCUGUGGCGCGGGAGGUGGUGGAGCGGGACGGGGCAGGGGGAGGUGGGGGCAGUGGUGAUUAUGCGAGUGGAGGGGACGGGGAGAGAGGAAAAGGUGGUGGUGCGGAGGAGGGCGGAGGAGAAGUUGAGGAAGGCAGGGAGGACUCAGAGAUCGAUGGCGAUGGGGAGGGCGAGGAGGCGGCACGUGUGCGUAUGGAGUGGAGGCGGGUGAGGAAGGAGAGGCAGCUGGUGGAGCAGGAGAGGGGCGAGGUGCAGCGCGUGCAGGGCGAGGUGGCACGCUUCAAGCAGUGGGCACAGGAGGAGCAGCAGCGGCUGCAGGAGGAGAAGCAAAAGGUGGAGGCGGACAAGCAGCGCCUGGCGCCCUUUGAGGCGCGCCACCGCGCCUGCCAGCACCGCAUCGCAGCGCAGGACGCCGCCACGGCCGCCCUGCGAGCGCAGGCCAGCGCGGCCGCCACGGCCACGGCGCAUGUGGCAGCGCACACGCACGCCCUGCGCUGCCACCUCGCCUCCGCCGCCCACCUCCUCGCCGCCACCAAGCAGCGCCUCGCUCACGACCGCGCCUCCGUGGCUGGCGCUCUGGCUCGGGCUGCCGAGGCUGAGGAGCGGGCGCAGGCUGCGGAGAGGAGGUUCGGGAAGAUGCCGUGGGAGGUGCGGAGCGCUAGUGGCGUGGCGCGGGCGGUGCAUGGCGUGGCGGGCCGGCAUGGGUCGUACUUGCAGCGCCUGCACGCCCCCGCCAUGCGCCUGGCUCGCGUGGUGGCCAUGGCAUGGCGGGGCGGCACGGGUGAGGGGGCGGGGAAGGGGGCGGGGGUGGAGGAGAAAGAGGAGUUGUGGGGCGAAGUGGGGGAAAUGGCGGAGGGGCGAGAGGAGGGCGUGCACGGGGGAGGGGAGGAGGGGGAGGGGAAUGCAUGGCCAGGGUGGAGUGCGAGCAAGGAAGGGAUGGUGGCGGGAGAGGGACAGCGAAGCGAGCAGCGAUGUGUGGAGGGCAAGGCGCGUGGGUUGAAAGGGGAGCAGGUGGCAGGCGUGGCGCGCGAGGUGAUGCGCGCGCUGCUGCUGGCAGCCCGGGCGGCGAGCGACAACGCCUCGCGGGUGCUGUUCUGGUGGUCCAACACGGCCCUGCUGCGCUCCGCGCUGGCGCCCCUGGUGGCGGAGGAGCAGAGGAGGAAAGGGGAGGAGGGCAGGACGGGUGAGGGGGCCACAGGUGAAGGAGGGGCAGGUGGUGGUGGUGUUGGGAAUGGUGGUGGUGGUGCGAAUGGUGGUGGUGGUGCGAAUGGUGGUGGUGGUGCGAAUGGUGGUGGUGGUGCGAAUGGUGGUGGUGGUGCGAAUGGUGGUGGUGCUGCGAAUGGUGGUGGUGCUGCGAAUGGUGGUGGUGCUGCGAAUGGUGGUGGUGGUGCGAAUGGUGGUGGUGCUGCGAAUGGUGGUGGUGCUGCGAAUGGUGGUGGUGCUGCGAAUGGUGGUGGUGGUGCGAAUGGUGGUGGUGGUGCGAAUGGUGGUGGUGGUGCGAAUGGUGGUGGUGCUGCGAAUGGUGGUGGUGGUGCGAAUGGUGGUGGUGCUGCGAAUGGUGGUGGUGGUGCGAAUGGUGGUGGUGGUGCGAAUGGUGGUGGUGCUGCGAAUGGUGGUGGUGCAUGCUGGCCCGGCACAGGUGAUGGCGACCGGGGAGAGCACCCGGAGCACCCAGAGCGCCCUGAGGACCCGUGGGGCAGCUUGGCUCACCUUGAUUCGCAGCUGCUGCAGCUGGAGCAAUGGCAGCACGACAGGUGUCUGCACCUGGUGUGGACACGUGUCUUCCUGCCAGCCAUGCAGCAGCGCCCCCCUGUGCUGCCGCCUCCCUUCCACCCGCCAUCACACACCCCCCCGUUCACCCCCUCGUGGUCCUCUGCCUUGCUCUGCUCCACCUCUGCCGCCCAGCAGUCGUCCCUCUGGCCCUUCUCCACCCCUGCGCCCCCGCCGCCCUCACUCAGAGCGGAGGAGGUGCAGGCGCCCUGGUGGGCGGGGCUGAGUGGUACAGAGCGGUGGGUGGCGGUGCUGCACGAGGCGGCUGCCAUGCUGUGCCCCCACAGGGCCAUGGGGCACCACUGCGGCUGCCUUUACCCUCUUUUUAAGCAGGUCAGAGCUGUCUUUAUCCUCUUUUCAAGCAGCCGUCCUUCCCUUGUUCUGUCCUCAACCGCUUUCUUAUUACCCUUUCUCAACCUCUUCACCUCACCCCAUAACCCCAAUAACUUCUUCCCCUCGUUUCGUUCUUCCCCCCCUUCCUCCUCGACGAGGUCACGGCACUCAGCAGCUCGACACUUGUGCUCCACCUUCGUCCCCCUCUUCCCAUGCCUUUCCACCUUCGUCCCCUCUUCCCAUGCCUUUCCACCUUCGUCCCCCUCUUCCCAUGCCUUUCCACCUUCGUCCCCCUCUUCCCAUGCCUUUCCACCUUCGUCCCCCUCUUCCCAUGCCUUUCCACCUUCGUCCCCCUCUUCCCAUGCCUUUCCACCUUCGUCCCCCUCUUCCCAUGCCUUUCCACCUUCGUCCCCCUCUUCCCAUGCCUUUCCACCUUCGUCCCCCUCUUCCCAUGCCUUUCCACCUUCGUCCCCCUCUUCCCAUGCCUUUCCACCUUCGUCCCCCUCUUCCCAUGCCUUUCCACCUUCGUCCCCCUCUUCCCAUGCCUUUCCACCUUCGUCCCCCUCUUCCCAUGCCUUUCCACCUUCGUCCCCCUCUUCCCAUGCCUUUCCACCUUCGUCCCCCUCUUCCCAUGCCUUUCCACCUUCGUCCCCCUCUUCCCAUGCCUUUCCACCUUCGUCCCCCUCUUCCCAUGCCUUUCCACCUUCGUCCCCCUCUUCCCAUGCCUUUCCACCUUCGUCCCCCUCUUCCCAUGCCUUUCCACCUUCGUCCCCCUCUUCCCAUGCCUUUCCACCUUCGUCCCCCUCUUCCCAUGCCUUUCCACCUUCGUCCCCCUCUUCCCAUGCCUUUCCACCUUCGUCCCCCUCUUCCCAUGCCUUUCCACCUUCGUCCCCCUCUUCCCAUGCCUUUCCACCUUCGUCCCCCUCUUCCCAUGCCUUUCCACCUUCGUCCCCCUCUUCCCAUGCCUUUCCACCUUCGUCCCCCUCUUCCCAUGCCUUUCCACCUUCGUCCCCCUCUUCCCAUGCCUUUCCACCUUCGUCCCCCUCUUCCCAUGCCUUUCCACCUUCGUCCCCCUCUUCCCAUGCCUUUCCACCUUCGUCCCCCUCUUCCCAUCCCUUUCCACCUUCGUCCCCCUCUUCCCAUGCCUUUCCACCUUCGUCCCCCUCUUCCCAUGCCUUUCCACCUUCGUCCCCCUCUUCCCAUGCCUUUCCACCUUCGUCCCCCUCUUCCCAUGCCUUUCCCUGCUCCGCCUCACACACCCUCUCUCUCUCUCUCUCCCUUUCACCACCCCUCUUCACCAUCCCCUUCGCCCUCCCCCCACACCAGGUGCUGCAGCAGUGCCAGCAGCGGCUGGACGCGGCACUCUUCAACGCGCUGCUGCGCUCCGGCAACGACGUGCUCUCCACCGACCCUGCCGCCGACCCUCUCACCGACCCUGCCGCCCUGCCCUUCCCCGCCAAUGGCCGCUUCUGGGCCGCCCAAGGGGGGCUGCUGAAACACACUGUGUCGGAGUGGACUGACUUCCUCGCAGACAUGGACGCGCAUGUCGCCUCACACUGCCACGCCGCCGCCGCUGCUGCUGCCACACAUCCCGGGGCCGCCCGCGCUUCGCCCCCGUCGCCCAUCGUCCCCCCGCCCACCAUCCCGCUCACCUUGCUCUCCUCCGCUCGCUUCUGGGCGGGCCAGCUGGAGCUCUUUGAUUGGCCAGAGGGCGCAGAGGGGCAGGGCGGGGCAGGAAAGCAAGGACAUGGAAAUGGACUGGUGGGGCAGGGAGAGGGGUGGAGAGCGGUGAUAGGUGGUGAUGCCAUGGCAGGUGCAGCGGCGCGGAGCAGUGGGGGGUGUGAAGCGGGCACGGGUCAGAGAGGGCACGACCCCGCGGCGCUGCUGCUGCUGGAAGGGCGCGAGGGGAAAGGAGGGGAGGAGAGAGGCGUGGAGCAGCAGCUGAUAGGCGGGCGGGUGGAGUGCUUCCCACUGCUGCGCGCGCUGGCCCACGUGCUGCUGCUGCCCAAGAAGGCCCUCUGCGACCGCCCUGUGCGCCGCGAGGUGUACGCCACCAUCCCGGCGCCGCUGCUGCAGCGCGUCGUGAGCAUGUGUGUGGAGCAGCCGUCCCACCCCGACCCCAUCCCUCCCGUGCUGCUCGACAUGCUGCAUGCCGAGGUGAGUGCUGCAUGCCGAGGUGAGUGCUGCAUGCCGAGGUGA